CGGCGCUCCAGCGCGCCGUCAGCUCCGUGUUCUACGAUAGUUGCACUUUCCGUGUGCUUUCGGGAGCAGACGCCGAGAAGAGGGCCUGCAGGGACGGCCCAGGGCUGGGGAGGAAGAGCCACGCGAGCGCCUGACCUGCGCGGGUGAAGAGGGCUGCUCCGGUGGACCGGCCGUCCCGGCCACGGCAUGCUCGGGGCCCGGCGCCUCCUGGGCGCCCUGCGCCUCUGCUCCUCCGUUUCUUGCCCCAGGCCCCGCGCGUCUGUGAGACUGCGCGUACGGGACGCCCUCGGGGUGCAGGACGCGAGUGGGGAGCGCGUCACGGUGCAGGGAUGGGUCCGCUCCGUGAGGUCCCAGAAGGAAGUUCUGUUCCUGCAUGUCAAUGACGGAUCCUCUCUGGAAAGCCUUCAGGUUGUUGCCGAUUCAAGCUUUGACAGCAGAGAAUUGACUUUUGGGAGUUCCGUGCAAGUCCAAGGGCAGCUGGUCAAAAGUCUAUCCAAAAGGCAGAAUGUGGAACUGAAAGCAGAAAAAAUUGAGGUUAUUGGAAGUUGUGAAGCCAAGGCGUUUCCUAUAAAAUACAAGGAGCGGCAUCCCCUGGAGUACCUGAGACAGUACCCUCACCUGCGGUGUAGGACGAACACUCUGGGUUCCAUACUGCGGGUCCGCAGUGAAGCCACGGCUGCUAUUCAUUCCUACUUUAAGGACAAUGGCUUCGUGCACAUUCACACCCCGGUCAUCACGUCCAACGACUGUGAAGGUGCUGGAGAGCUUUUCCAAGUGGAGCCUUCCAGCAAAAUGAAGGUGCCCGAGGAGAAUUUCUUCAAUGUUCCUGCUUUCUUAACUGUCUCGGGACAGCUUCACCUAGAAGUGAUGUCAGGAGCUUUUGCCCAAGUAUUUACCUUUGGCCCAACAUUCCGAGCCGAGAAUUCUCAGAGCCGGAGACACCUGGCUGAAUUUUAUAUGGUUGAAGCAGAGAUUGCUUUUAUUGACAGCCUUCAGGAUCUCAUGCAGGUGAUGGAAGAACUCUUCAAGGCCACCACGGAGAUGGUUCUCGCAAACUGUCCUGAAGACGUCGCACUGUGUCACAGGUUCAUAGCUCCUGGCCAGAAGGACAGACUAGAACAUAUGCUGAAAAACAACUUCCUAAUCAUCUCUUACACGGAGGCAGUUGAGAUCCUAAAGCAAGCAUCCCAGAACUUCACCUUUACACCCAAGUGGGGUGAGGAUCUGCACACGGAACACGAGAAGUACCUGGUGAGACACUGCGGCGGCACGCCAGUCUUCGUCGUUAACUACCCGUGCGCACUCAAGCCUUUCUACAUGCGGGAUAACGAAGAUGGCCCUCAGCAGACGGUCGCCGCUGUGGAUCUUCUGGUUCCUGGAGUUGGGGAGCUCUUUGGAGGAAGCCUCAGGGAGGAACGGUACCACAUCCUGGAGCAGCGACUGGCCAGAUCAGGACUUGCGGAAGCCUACCGGUGGUACCUGGACCUUCGCCAGUUUGGAUCUGUGCCGCAUGGAGGCUUUGGGAUGGGAUUUGAACGCUACUUACAAUGCAUCCUGGGAGUUGACAAUAUCAAAGAUGUUAUCCCUUUUCCAAGAUUUACUCAUUCGUGCCUUCUGUAGCCGAAAGGAAAAAGACUUGUAAAAACUCUGCCCUUGAAUAUACAUAUAGAAGACAGGUGGUGUGUGUUUUAGAGACGUGGAUUCCAGUGCACAGCUCUUGUGCUACGAGGUGUAAUGUAUGGAAAUCAGAAAUGGCCUUGAUUUUCUUAAAGGCCAAAGGCUUUUCACAGACUGUAAUAAACUCUCCCAAGAAGAAAUCCUCAGAACAACUGGACUUCUGAGUCUGUUACCUCAGUUAAGAGGGGAAAGAAGUAGCUGGGCCUGUUGUCCAGCUGCUGGAGGAGCUGGCGCAGGAGAGUGACUUGGGCCUGGAGACAUCUCAACAAGAAGAGGAGAGACGCUGAAAAUAAGGCCUCAGAGUUCCUCCUGGACUCCAGGACAGAAUGGUAAUGUUUCACCUUGCUUUGGCUUUUAUCAGUAGCUCACUUCCCUUUGUAUUUUUUUUAAACAACUAGUGGCCAAAAGUAAGAUAAUGUUGGCUCUUCCGCCCCUGCCAUCUCAGCUGCAAUAAAUGUCCACCUAUUCUCCGUGCUUUA